AUGAAUUUGAUAAAGAGAUUUGAGAAAUCUUUCGGGGGGUUGUACCUUGGAGAGCAGGUUCGGUUGACUCUCUUGAAGCUUAUAGAUGGAGGGUGUCUAUUUAAUGGAAAGUCCUCCCCAGAGCUGAUGAAGAGAUGGGGGUUUACUACUUUCAAUGUCACAUCUAUUGAAGCAGACAAUGAGACUUCGGAGAGAACCUGGUCCGUCCUGCAGGCCUUUGGUUUGGCAGACAGAGCAACAGAGGAGGAUGUAUCACUGGUGAGAGAGGUCUGUGCCAUUGUGUCGGAGAGGGGGAGCAAAAUAGUGGCGGCUGCAUUAGCGGUUCUUUUGAACCAUAUACACUUGCUUGAAGUAACCAUAGCUUUUGAUGGAUCUUUGUUUGAGAAGCACCCAAAGUAUAGGGUCCACAUAGCAGAUCUAUUAGCUAAACAAGUUCCAACUACAAAGACAAAGUUGAUUUUGGUAAAGGACGGGAGCGGACAAGGCGCAGCAUUUGUGGCCGCCGUAGAAUACAAACAGCCUUAAACAAACCA